CUUUAUGUGUCCACUUGUAUCUCUUCUUGCCUGGUAUUGUGCAUUUGUGUAACUUCAGACAACAAGAAUUAGCAGAUACUGAAAACAUAUUUUGGGAUUCGUACAUCUCCCGACUUCUUGGUUCUGUCAUGGUCACCACCUCCAUCAACGAUGCCUGUGUUUUACUCGCCUGUUCCCGAAAACCUGCCGCUGGGUCUGCUCUAUAUGGGAGGCUCUGUGUUCACAAACAACAGGACAGCAGACAGUGACUUCACCAGGGAGCAAGAGGAUGCAUCUGUGGUCAAUGAGCUGGUUUCUCACCUCCCCCUUCAAAUGCUCCUCUAUUUCAGUAUGUUUUACUUUCCCUGUUGGUGGUUCUCAGCUGUGUUCAUGCUGGAAGUAAAGUUCUUCUAUCUUCCUGGGUACUAUCAGGCUCUGCUCAUUACUGGGAUCGUCCUCCUGACAGUUAUCGAGGUGGUUCGACUUUAUCUGGGCUACAUUGGCAACCUUAAAGAAAAAGUGCCAGAGCUGGCAGCCUUCUGGCUCCUGUCUUUCAUGUUCCAGCUGCCAGUGCUGCUGUUCUUCCUGACCGAUGAAGGAAUUAUCAUCCUUCCUCUGGAGAGAGCGGUCCACUCCCUCUAUCUCCUCUUCCUGCUCGCUCAGAUCCUGGCCUCCUUCUUGGCACUCAGGACCAUGACCCGAAAGCUCACCCUUCUCUUCCAUCUGCGACAGUUUGGCAAGGUGGAGAGCUUCCGCCACACAGGGAUGAGCCCCAUGUAUGGGCUUUCUUAUCACCGCAGCGUGCUGCCAGUGUCACCCACACAGGAUAUGUACAACUGAGGCAAAAAUAAUGUGUGUAUCAAUUCAUUUAAAAGCAUUAGAAACUGCAUUACGUCUGAAACUUUCCAGAAAAGUUUCAACUGCUGCCAAAGAAUGAGUCUGAGCAUUAUUUAUUAGUUCACUGUAAGCAUUUAGAAGUCACCUAGUCUAAAACUUGAUUCUGUGGGUCUGUAUUUAUUAUGGCUGCACAGCAUUCGGAUCUUUUUAGGCGACUGCUGAAAUUUGGGUGCCCCAGAUCUUUCUGUAGGACUUCUGAUGCGGUUUAAAAAUGACAGGCUUUAGAAAAAAAAAAAAAAAAUCCCUGACUGAUGCCACAGUCUGACAUUCACUGAUGUUUGAAAAAGAUGAAAAGCAACAUGUUAGCCCAAGUCUAAAUUUCAAAACUUGAUGCCAUGUCAGCCAAACUGUCACUGAGUGUCACGGCUUUAUAGGAGAAUAGGGUAAAACACGCCAUCAAACAAUAACACGAGAUCAGAAAUACAAGAAGUACACUGCCAGUGGCUGCUUUCAUCAAACAGCAUUAAAGCGUUUCAUUUUUCCCUCUUUCUUUAAUGAUGAUGGAUGAUGGAGGCUGUGCUGUUGGUGCAACAGUAUUAUUUGGCCAAGGCAGAUUGCAUUUUUGGCCCACAAGAAAAGCAGAGUCUUUCCCCAGGUAUAUUUCAGCCUCUUUCUGUGAUAUUUCAAUAAAAGUGUUUCUAAUUUAUCUCAGUCGUGGCUACAGUACACCGUAUUAUGAUCUGAUAAGUGGGUUGCAGGAAGCUAAUUUUUUAAAAUCUUGUAAAGUAAAAGAGACUGCAGCAGAACUGUGUUAAAUAUUUAUGACCACACAGUGGCAGUCAGUGACCAAGAGAGAGAUGGGGGAGCAUCAGUCCAAUGAGUAUAGAUUAUCAUGCACCACAUGGAAACCUUCUGGCAGAGGAAUAAAGGUUAGCCCUGUCUGCAGUCAAAUAUGAUGUAUUAUUCGAUAAUCUAUAACUCCCGGUCGGUAUACAUGGAAAUCAAUCACAUAUUUUCUUGUCUACGCCUCUUUUCUUCUUGUUGUUGUUGUGAAUGUCUGACUGGUUUUUUACAAUAAUCGUAUUGUGUGAUUUAUCAUUUCUUUCCUGGUGAGAAAUUAUUUAGCGAGUGGUGCAUUAAACAGAUAAGAACCCGGUUGUGUGAGAGACACAGUUUCUGUGAUACAACAUGCUUACUCCGCUCUACUUUACAUUCAGGAAACAACAAGCUGCAG